CUGUUGUGUUUUUUGUAUCAUAGACUUGACUGUGCAAAACAAAUUUUGUUAGAUUCCCUUUGUUGUUAUAUUCUUUAUUUUCUUCUCUUUUUCACAAUCUUUCAUUAGAUUUGACCAUUAGCAAAAACAAAUUAAAACAAACCAAAACCAUAGUAUUUUUCAUUAAAAUCUUUCUCCUUUCUUCAUAAAACUUAAACCCCACUUCACCUUUUACUUCCAAAAUCUAGGGCUUUUUUUAUUUUUUAUUUUUUAUUUUUUAUUUUUAAACUCAAUAAAUCAAGAUUCAAAAUUUUACUCCUUUCUUGGUCUUUUUUUCCUUCUUCCUAUUUUUCCCAACUAGGGUUUUAUCUCUUCCUUUUUACCUUUUUUUUUCAUUUGGGGGUAAUUUUUUUGUUGUAUUUGAUUUUGGGGUUUCUUGUUUUUUACUUGUUGGUAUGUUAAUUUUGAAGUUGUGGGGUUCUUGAUGGAGUUUGAGAGGUUUAGAGUGAAAAAAGAUUGAGUCUUCAUGUUGUAACAGCAAAAAAAAAAAAAAAAAAAAAAAAAAAAAAAAAAGAAUUGUGAAAAAUGAUUGCUGAAAAACCAACUUGGAUUAGACAUGAGGGUAUGCAAAUUUUCUCUAUUGAUAUUCAACCUGGUGGACUUAGGUUUGCUACUGGUGGUGGUGAUCAUAAGGUUCGGAUAUGGAACAUGAAAUGUGUGGGUAGGGACUUGGAAGCAGAUGAGUCUAUACCAAAACUUCUUGCGACACUACGCGAUCAUUUUGGGUCGGUGAACUGUGUUAGAUGGGCAAAACAUGGUCGAUAUGUUGCUUCUGGCUCUGAUGAUCAGGUGAUUUUAGUCCAUGAGAGGAAGCCUGGCUCGGGAACUACAGAGUUUGGCAGUGGAGAGCCCCCUGAUGUAGAGAAUUGGAAAGUUACCAUGACAUUGAGAGGACACACGGCAGAUGUGGUGGAUCUAAAUUGGUCUCCAGACGAUUCGACAUUGGCUAGUGGUAGUCUAGACAACACCAUCCAUAUCUGGAAUAUGAGCAAUGGUAUAUGCACUGCUGUUCUAAGGGGUCAUUCUAGUCUUGUUAAAGGUGUCACUUGGGAUCCGAUUGGUUCAUUUAUAGCUAGUCAAUCAGAUGAUAAGACUGUCAUCAUUUGGCGAACAAGUGACUGGAGCCUUGCUCAUAGAACUGAAGGUCACUGGGCAAAAUCUCUUGGGUCGACCUUCUUUAGGCGGCUAGGAUGGUCACCGUGUGGACACUAUGUAACUACUACUCAUGGUUUUCAAAAGCCUAGGCACUCUGCUCCUGUUCUGGAGAGAGGGGAAUGGUCUGCCACUUUUGACUUCUUAGGACACAAUGCUCCUAUUAUUGUUGUUAAGUUUAAUCAUUCUAUGUUUCGGAGGAAUUCAACUAAUGCUCAGGAAGGGAAAAAUGCUUCUGUUGGGUGGUCAAAUGGUUCUUCAAAAAAUGGAGGAAAAGAGUCCCAACCCUACAAUGUUAUUGCCAUAGGAAGUCAAGAUCGCACUAUAACUGUGUGGACUACAGCAAGUCCACGCCCUCUUUUUGUUGCUAAACAUUUCUUUUCUCAAAGCGUUGUGGAUUUAUCAUGGAGCCCUGAUGGAUAUUCACUGUUUGCUUGUUCUUUGGAUGGAAGUGUAGCCACUUUCCAUUUUGAUGGAAAUGAACUAGGUCAUCGGCUAUCUGAUACUGAAUUAGAGGAGUUGAAGAAAAGCCGCUAUGGUGAUGUUAGGGGUCAACAAGCAAAUUUAGCUGAAAGUCCAGCGCAACUGUUGCUUGAAGCAGCAGCUGCAAAGCAAACGCCAAGCAAAAAACAAGCUACGGAAAAUCUUACACAAGUUCAAGCAACAUCAAAAUCUUCUGUUGAUUUGGUUAGUGUGGUGAAGGUUCCCAAACCACAAUCUGAUAAUAAUGGGAAAAAGGCUGAAGGAGUUAAGAGUGAUAGUUUAAAUAAACCCGCAGCUUCUACGCAGGUGUCGAGUCCCGUGAAGCAAAGAGAGUACAGACGGCCCGAUGGUCGAAAGAGGAUAAUUCCAGAAGCAGUUGGAAACAUCUCUGGAAUUGCUCAAUCUCCUGUCGUUGAAUUCCCCAAUAUGACAGUGGAUCAGAGGAAAGAUGAGAAAGGUAUGGUACUGUCUGAUGCGAGUGUUAGAGAAGGAUUUGUGAGGAAAACAGUUAGUGUUGCUGACCAAAAGGAGCGAUCGGGUGUAACUGCUCGAGCUACAAUAAGUGAGAGCCUCGUUAUCGAGAGGGUCCCACCUUCUGCGGGCAAAGACGGAAGCAUCAGUAUAGAACAGAUGGGAAUUGUCAAAGAUACAGCUCAUUUAGGUACUGGUGGUACUCUUUUAAUUAGGGUUUUUGAUAAUAAAGAAGGGGAGGAUACUGGUCCAAUUUGCUUAGAGGCUCAACCUCGAGAGCAAGCUGCUAAUGAUAUUUUCGGGGCAGGAAAUUCAUUUGUAAUGAAAGAAACUGAGAUACUUUGUACAAGGGGUAGUCAAACUCUCUGGUCUGACCGGAUUUCUGGAAAAGUAACUGUUUUGGCUGGAAAUGCAAACUUUUGGGCUGUGGGAUGUGAAGAUGGCUGCGUCCAGAUCUAUACGAAAUGUGGACGACGUGCCAUGCCGACCAUGAUGAUGGGAUCUGGUGCAGUAUUUGUUGAUUGUGAUGAAUCUUGGAAGUUUUUGCUUGUCACAAGGAAAGGGUCAUUAUAUCUUUGGGAUCUAUUCAACCGGAAGUGUCUCCUUCAAGACUCGUUAGCGUCCCUUAUGAAUUCAGAUCCCAAGGCGAAUGCUGGCACAAUCAAAGUGAUAUCAGCAAAAUUAUCAAAAUCUGGUUUUCCUCUUGUUGUCCUGGUCACACGGCAUGCAUAUCUCUUCGAUAUGAGCCUCAUGUGCUGGCUGAGGGUGGCAGAUGAUUGUUUUCCAGCUUCGAAUUUUUCAAGCUCCUGGAGUUCGGGUUCAUUGCAUGGUGGUGAGCUAGGGGCAUUGCAGGUGGAUGUUAGGAAGUUCCUGGCCAGAAGACCCGGGUGGAGCAGAGUCACUGAUGAUGGGGUACAAACACGUGCUCAUUUGGAGGCUCAGUUGGCUUCUGCUCUUGCUUUGAAGUCUCCUAGUGAAUAUCGUCAAUGCCUUUUAUCCUACGUUCGCUUUUUAGCAAGAGAGGCAGAUGAGUCACGCUUGAGAGAAGUUUGCGAGAACUUUCUUGGGCCUCCCACAGGGAUGGCUGAGGCUGCAUCUUCCGAGUCAAAUAGACCUGCUUGGGAUCCGUGUGUACUUGGUAUGAAAAAGCACAGACUCCUUAGAGAAGACAUACUUCCAGCAAUGGCAUCAAAUAGGAAAGUACAACGGCUGCUCAACGAGUUCAUGGAUCUCCUCUCAGAGUAUGAGAUACCCGAUACAAAUCUUGAACCGAACAAUGUCACAACCACCACAUCAACCGAAAUAAAUCUUGAACCAGCUAAUGUUGCAACCACUACAUCUGUUCCAGCUACAGAUAAAAUGGAUACUGACCCAACACCUUCCACUACUGUAAAUGACCGAGAGGAUCCGGCUCCUCCUGCAGUACAAUCAACCGAUCAUGUUGAGUCUUCUACACCAUCCAAAGAUCCAAUGGACUCCGUUCAACAAGAAACUGAUGAAGCCAAAUCUGUACCGCCUCCAAUAACAGAUCAAAUGAAUCUGGAUCCACCUGUAUCAGUUGAAUCGGAACAAAUCCCGUCAGCAAAGGAGAAGGUUUCAUGAUAAUCUAUGUUUUCAUAGAUUAGACGUGAUGGUCUACUUAAAGUACUGCUGAUCUCACUACAACCAAUGCUGUGGACUGUAAAAAGAUCUUCCACAUGCAGCUUCCUGGCUGUAAAAAAUGUCUUGGUGGAUGCACCUAGAAGGCGCCCAAGGUAUGUAACAUGAUAGGAUUUUUGUUAUUUUAAACCAAGUAGUUUUGGAGUUUGAUUUUUGUGUGACCCUAGAUGACCUUUUCAUUUUGUUCUGUUGUCAUCGUUCUGAAUGUAGUUUUUGUAUGAAGUAAAGGUAUAUGUACUCUCCCCAGUGAAGACAUUAAUUGAGAUCUUUGAGCAUUCACAGUUUAAUUUUGAACAGCAGUUAUUAGAAAA